AUGAAAAUUGGUUCCGCAGACCAUGUUGGUGGAUGUGAUGUCGCUGCAGACAUGGAGGUUGAAGGUCACAACUGUGAUGAAGAUCUUGUCCCCCGGGAGAGAGCAGCAGACCCAGAGUACUAUGGAGUACUACAGCAUCGAAAGGCAACUACAAAAGACGACGCGAUUUCUGGUGUUGAGCCUGAGACGUCACAAGCGGACCUGCGCGUGUCCUCUAGUCAUGGUGGUCCUCAGGACAUUCCGGCAUCUCUAAGACUGGUUCCAAUGGCUUUCGAUGGAAAUCACGAACCCCG